AUGGGAAAAAUAAACCUUGAAGGAAAAACUGUCUGUGUCACUGGAGGAAGUAGAGGACUUGGAUUGGAAAUCACAAAGGAGCUUGCAAAGAAGGGAUGCUAUGUCCAUGUAUUUGGGAGGUCUCCUCAGCCUUUUUCCCACAAAAACGUAAAGUAUUAUCAGAUGGACCUACUGAAGGAAAGACCCGCCAUUGCAAUUCCGUUUGAUAUCGUAAUAUCAAACCUUGGGACAAGUGUGGGCAAUAAAGGGUUUGAUGAAAUGGAAUACAAAGAAGUCACAGAUAUGCUAAAGUUGAAUGUGGAGCUACAUCUAUGGCUUCUGAAAAACAUUAGCUACAAGAAGUUUGUUUUUGUUAAUUCUAUAUUGUCACAACAAGGACUUCCGGGAUAUUCCAUGUAUUGUGCUUCUAAGUCGUUCAUUCACACACUGAAUCAGUCGUUGAGGAGAGAAGGAAAAGACACUAUAAUCAUCUACCCUUACAAGAUAAAUACCUCGUUGUUCAGCGAGAUCAAAGACAUAUGGACGCUUGAUGCAAAUUAUGUAGCUCAAAGACUUCUGAGAGACAUAGAGAAUGGUACAAGAGAAGAUUUCAUCCUCUGGAUAUUCAAGCCCAUCACUUUACUAUCAAAAAUGAUCCCUAUGUUUCUUCAAGACAUCCUUUCCAGGUUUCUGGAAAGGGUUUUCUACAUAACCAAAAGAAAGAGCGAAUAA